GUCAAUUAUAUACCACCUGUUACAUAUGUAUUGAGCAAAUUCAUUAUUUUGCACUUCUUUCCAUGAAUCUAACAACAUAUUUCCUGGAAAUUAUUAUCGUGCAGGGAUAUGGUAUGACCGAAUCGACCGCAGUAGGAACUCGUGGUUUUAAUACUGAAACUUGUAAAAAGCAUACUUCAGUAGGACUGCUUGCUCCAAACACGGAAGCCAAAGUAGUUAAUUGGGAAACGGGGAUCUCUAUGCCUCCUGGAAGAAGUGGAGAGCUAUGGCUGCGUGGACCUGCAAUAAUGAAAGGAUACUUGAAUGGUGAGAAGGAAAGUGCAUCUGUCAUUGACAAAGAUGGUUGGUUUAAGACGGGAGACAUAGUCUAUUUUGAUGAAGAUGGAUACUUAUUCAUUUUGGACCGAUUAAAGGAUACAAUCAAAUACAAGGGAUUUCAGAUAGCUCCAGCAGACCUUGAAGCCUUGUUGAUCUCCCACAAUGAAAUCCUCGAUGCAGCAGUGACAUCAGCCUUUGAUGAGGAAGCUGGGGAGAUACCAGUUGCAUUUGUGGUUCGGAAAUCUGGAAGCAAUCUUUCUUCAAAUGAGAUCAUGGAGUUUGUAGCCAAGCAG